AUGCCUUUCUUACAUCUGGUCCUCUUCAAAUUCAAGCCUGAAAUCGGUAUCACUACUCAACAAGAAAUUUUGCGGGAAUUCCUGUCUCUCCCACAGAAAUGCAAGGAUUCCUCUCAUAAUCCGUAUAUAACAAGUAUACGGGGAGGAGUAGAAUGUGGUGCAGGGUCGUCAAGUGGUUACACCCAUAUUUUCAUUGUGGAAUUCAAUUCCAUGCAGGAGCGCGAGUAUUAUAAAGGCUCAGACCCUGUUCAUCUCCAUUUUGCAUCCCGUAUUAUGCGCAUGCUGGCCUUUAUCAGAAUAUUGGUUUUUGAAGAAUGUAAUUUUCUAUAUCAUACAUAA